AUGUCAUCCGCCGAUACGAGCGCAGAGCUGGGCUAUCCUGAUCGCACCUUUCGCACCCAACUUCUUCCAUGCGAAGCACAUUCCACUGUCACCUUUCAGGAAGCGGGUCCAUCACGCUACGCCGCCAACGCCGAACCAUUCUCGAGAGCCAGACCCGUCAUCCCGUCUCCCGUCACACGCAACAGCCUCGAUGUAGCUGCUGCACACCUUCGGUCCGGUCAGCUUGUCUCUUUCCCCUCCGAGACCGUCUACGGUCUUGGCGCCAACGCUCUUUCGCAAGCCGCCGCCGCCAAGAUCUACGCCGCCAAAAAGCGACCCGCCGACAACCCGCUCAUUGUGCAUGUCUCGGAUCUUGAGAUGCUCGACACGCUCCUGCCAGAGGCAUACACGAUGAGCGAGGCGUACCACCAGCUCAUCAAGGCGUUUUGGCCAGGUGCAUUGACGCUGCUGUUCCCCGUCGCAGCUGACAAGCCGGCGGUGCCAAAGGUGGUGACAUGCGGUCAUCCAAGUGUAGCAGUGAGGAUGCCAUCACAUCCAAUAGCAAGGGCGCUGAUCGCGACAGCCGGUCUGCCAAUGGCCGGUCCCAGUGCAAAUGCGUCGGGAAGACCCUCACCGACAACAGCGGCUCAUGUGAUGCGUGACCUUGGUGGACAGCUCGAUGCCGACUCCAACUCGAGCUCCAACGACGAGCCGCGGGGCAGGCUCAAGUACAUCCUCGAUGGAGGCGCGUGCCAGGUCGGCGUCGAGAGCACCGUGAUCGAUGGCAUCACGGCAGAGCAUGAGAUCCGAGUGCUCCGACCAGGCGGAGUCACUAUCGAGCAAAUCGCCGAUGUGCUGGACACGGCGGGAUUGACCGGCAAAGUCAAGCUCAGAGUCUACGGAAAGGACAUGGAACGCAGUGCGGAACAGGAGAGCAAUCCGACCACGCCUGGCAUGAAGUACAGACACUACAGCCCUACAGCUCGUGUCGUUAUGCUGCUGCCUGCUCAGCUGUUUGCGAGGGCUGUAGAGGCUUCCAACAGUAGCAAUGUGGGCGCGACGGCAUCAGUCUUGGAAGAGGCUUCGACUGCGGCCAAGGUCGUACAUUCGCUCAUCAAUGGCGAUACCGCAGCACCAACAGCACCGCAGACAUUUGCCAACAUCGUACGCGAUCAGAUUCCCAAUCACCUUGCCAACUCUGCUUCCAACGACUCGAUACGACACGUCGGCCUCAUGAUGUCCUCCGACUCGGACCUCGCCCGUCUCAUCCGCUCCUCAUCCACCUCCAUCUCCUCGCCCACCGACACCAUCCACCCACAUCUUCUCGCCCCGCUCACACUGUCCGGCCUCCCCAACGUGCUCGUCCACCCCUUCGACCUCGGGCCAAGCGCGCAAGCCUCGAUCUACGCACAACGCAUGUUCGACGGCCUUCGCACGCUCGACGAAGGCCCGCUCCACGGCGGAGCCACCCAGUGCGAGCUCAUCUUUGUCGAGGCCCUUGAUGACGCCGGGGUGGGUCUGGCCGUGAUGAACAGGCUGAAGAAGGCCGCGUCUGAGACGGUCGUGCUCGAUUGCUAG